UAUAUAAAGUAUCCUUUUUGGAAAUAUAGCAAAACAGAGGUAGAAAGAAAAAGUAGUAGUAGCAGCUAAAUCUUAAACCUUUUUUCUUCUCCCAAAAAUCAAAUAUGCCAAUUCCAAGAAUUGUCAUUGGAAAUUUGAAAGAGGCUACUCAUCCUGAUACCCUCAGGGCUGCCGCAGCUGAAUUCUUUUCCAUGCUUAUGUUUGUUUUUGUCGCUCAAGGCUCCGUCAUAGCCACCAAGUUAACGAGCGGUGGAAAGGCCACACAAGCUGGACUGAUUUGGGAGGCAAUAGCUCAUGCAUUUGCUCUUUUUGUGGCAAUUACAGUGGGAACAAACAUAUCUGCAGGUCAUGUAAAUCCUGCUGUCACGUUUGGCGCUUUUAUUGGAGGUCAUCUUAGCUUUUGUAGGACUGUUUUGUAUUGGAUUGCUCAAUUACUUGGAUCUACUGCAGCUUGCUUGCUCCUAAAGGUCGCUCAUAAUGGUUUGGAAACAUCAGCAUUCGCUCUCUCAGCAGUAGCGAAACCAUGGAACGCAGUUGUUUUCGAGAUAGUAAUGACUUUUAGUCUUGUUUACACUGUUUAUGCAACUACAGUUAACCCCAACAGAGAUUACUUGAGAAUCAUUGCCCCUAUUGCAAUUGGUUUCAUUGUGGGUGCCAACGUCUUGGCUCGCGGUAUUAAUGGUGCAUCAAUGAAUCCUGCUUUAUCCUUCGGUCCAUCGGUUGUUAGUUGGACAUGGCAUAGCCAUUGGAUCUACUGGCUCGGUCCAUUCGUCGGUUCAGCCACUGCUGCUUUGGUAUAUGAAAUUAUCUUCAGUGACAACUACACUCAUGAGCAACUUUCCGCUGAUGAUUAUAACGGAUAUUAUCAUCCAAUUGUUUAGUCCAGAACCAAAUGUUGGAUAUUCAAGUUGUGGACAUAUUGCGCUCUUUCUUUUGUUUCAAACUUUAGCUAGGUUGCUUGGUUUUUGUUUAAUUGUAAAACCUUGAAGAAAGAAAGAAAAAGAAAAAAAAGAGAUGCAUUUGUCUUGUA